UUUGCAAAAGGAGACAGGAUGGAAGGAAGAGAGGCAUGAAGCCCUACUGCCCUAGGAAGUGGCGGUGCAUGGAACCUGAGUUUGAAUGAAGAAAGGGAGGGAAUUGUUGGUUGGCAUAGGCAGUUACAAAACCCUUCACCAAACCCCCUCUCCCCAAACCAUGUCGCAUUCCGAUCCUUCAGAGAACCGAUACUCCUUCACCCCCACUCUUCACUGGAACCCUAAACUGCACCAAUACUUCCUCAAAGCCUAUGGCGCCGAUCACUUCUCUCGCAUCUCCGCCGCGCUAACCCGUCCUUCUCGCUACUCCUGCAUUCGAGUCAACACGCUCAGGUCCACCGCCGACGCCGUCGUCCACAAGCUCCGCUCGCUCGUGCCGCCGCCGCCGCCGCCGCAUUCCGAUUCCGGCGGUGACGUGGCGAAUCCCUUGAAGGACUGCUCCGAUGCUGAUGCUGCUCCUGCUCCGUUUUCCAGGUGUCGGAUUCCUGGCCUCGAUUACGUGGUGUUUGUUUGGGGCUCGGGACCGCACCGCAUCGAUUACGGCGACGCGCCUCCCAAGGAGGUCAUUGUUAGCAGGAAGUGUGCUGAGGCUGUUCUUCGCGGUGCUCAGAUAUAUGUUCCUGGUGUAAUGGCUUGCAGCGCUCAUGUUGAGAAAGGAGAUACAGUUGCUGUUUCGGUUGCGGUGGAGCAGCAGGGUGCUGAUGGAGGAUGGGGGAUUGCUAUGACACGUGGCACUGUUCUCCAAGGGUCACAGACAGAUCCUUAUUAUUUUGAACGAAAUGGGCUUUAUAUUGGGCAAGGAACAGCUAUGUUGUCAAGGGCUGGAAUGUUCCGAGUUUCUGAAGGAGUUGGUGUGGAUAUGAAGGAUAGAGUAUAUGAACUUCAUUCUUUUCACAAUGUGCUUGAGGGAGAGAUAUUUCUUCAAAACCUGCCAAGCAUUAUUGCUGCUCAUGCUUUAGAUCCACAAAUGGGUGAGCGGAUACUAGAUAUGUGUGCUGCACCUGGAGGGAAAACGACUGCAAUUGCAAUACUUAUGAAGGAUGAAGGAGAGAUCAUUGCAACAGAUAGAUCUCAUAAUAAGGUGCUGGAUAUUCAGAAAUUGGCAGCUGAAAUGGGCUUGAGUUGUAUAAAGACAUUUAAAUUAGAUGCUCUUAAAUCUGUUUGUCGAACAGAUGAUGUUGAUGCUUUUACUGAUCCAUGCUCUAGUAUUGCGAAAAAUGAUGUGACAAAUCAAGUGUUUGAUUCACCGAAUUUGCAAGUAGAAAGAGUGUCACCCCUUGUUACGUUUAGAAUCUCUGACUCUGGAAGAAAUGGUAAAGGCGAUAAUACAAAUGGAAAAGCUUAUGUUAGCAAAGCUGACAUCCGGAAGAACAUGCGAAGAGCGCGAAAUGGACCUGGAAGAAAUCAGAGUGUGGGUGGUCGGGUUGAUCGUUCAAAAGGUUUUUCUCCUGACAGUUUUGACAGAGUUCUUCUUGAUGCUCCCUGUUCUGCCCUUGGUUUAAGGCCUAGAUUAUUUGCUGGAGAGGAAACAAUUGAAUCUUUAAGAAACCAUGCAAAAUACCAGAGAAGGAUGUUCGACCAGGCUGUUCAAUUAGUUCGACCAGGAGGAGUAAUUGUCUAUUCCACUUGUACGAUUAAUCCUGGUGAGAAUGAAGCAUUAGUUCGAUAUGCUUUGGAUAAAUACAAAUAUCUGUCAUUGGCACCACAGCACCCAAGAAUUGGAGGACCAGGUCUAGUUGGUAGCUGUGAAUUUCCUGAUGGAUAUAUAGAGGAGUGGUUACGACCUGGAGAGGAAGAUCUUGUUCAGAGGUUUGACCCAUCAUCCCCCCUUGAUACAAUUGGAUUUUUCAUUGCCAAAUUUCGCGUCGGGUCUAAAGAUGCCUGACAGCUAUUGAUUAGAUGUUGGCGUGCGUGGAUCUAUGUUUACUUCAUAAUUGCCAUAGAAGGAAGCCAUCAAAGUUUUUUAUGGUUGGCCUCUGACAACAGUCUGGGAGCUUCACAUAUGUCCAUAUGAAAAAUUAAGAAAGCAUGAGUAUAACUGCUUUAUUUCAAUGUUACAAUCUAGAUGGACGCCAAAUUUUGUUAAAUUUGAGGUAAUUUACUUGUAAUAUCGGAUUUUGCCUUAGCCUUUUGGAAAGAAGGGAAGAUUUUGUUGAAAGAUACUUCUGGUUAGACGCGAGUCUGUGUCCUAAAUAUUAUGGUUAUGGUGAUGUUAAUCAUUAUAUCUCCCAUUUUGCA